AAAUGUGCAGAAUUUUUGCGCAGUAAGCCACUCACUCUGGAGGCGGUCGAUUUGGGCAGAGCAGGUUCAACAUCACCCGCUGAGUACUAAGUAGUACUUUUCUUCAUCGAUACUACUUACACACGCGAGACCUCCAAGCGAAAAUGGCUGAUAUGGUGCAGAUGCUGACGAACUGCAGCCGCGAGGUGGCGGACCUGCUUUUCGAGUACUAUGGGCGGAACGCCGAGGCCGUGGUGAACGCGUGGAUGGAUGAUCCAAGCCUGACGCGGACGGACAAUGAGCUGGUAGUCGCGCUGCGUCAGGCCCGGGGCGGCGGGCAAGGAAUACAGGCAAAUCAGCCGGUACAACGGCCAAAGGUGCAAGCCCGGCCUGCUUCACCUCGACGUCGUGUGCCGGUGGGCAAUCUCCAGCCGGUGUACGACAGCGAAGACGAAGAGGAGGAUACUUAUCAGCAGCCACCCGCAUUGCCGCUCCCAGCGGUCGCGCCGCCAGCGCCACCGCAAGGCCUACAGGCGAUAGUGCCAGGGCUCCAGGAUGAAGAAGAUGGUCCAGCAGCUCCGGCACGACCUGCGGUAGGUCCCAAUCUCUACAUACCGCCACCAGCAGCUCCGGCACCCCGCCCGCCGGCCGCGGCACAAGUUCUUGACGCAGCAGCUGCACAAGGUCUUUCAGCAGCACGAAUCUUCGAGUAUGAGCAAUUGCGGAUCGAGCUCAGACGCAUUCGGAACGACCCCAGGGCCGGUUUGAAGUUGUCCUUUACGGACAAACAGGACGCGGCCCAAGUGGCUGCGGAGCUCGACGCCGCGCUGCCGGCGAAACGGCAACCCAAGUUUCCGGACCCGGGGCAGUUUUUCACCGAGCGAGGCAAGCGGUUGUCCACGUGUCCGUGCCGGUUCUGCUUACAAGCUUUCGUCGACACGCUGAGGGCCGCGCUGCAAAAGCCGGCCGCACCGGAACCGAAAGCGAAGGCGAAGGGAAAGAAGAAAAACAGUAAGGAAAACGACGACGAGGUUGUCGCCACGAUUGACGUUGUGAGCGACAGCGAAGAUGGUUUCAAGUGGGCGGAUUUGCGGAAGUGGAAGCCGCAGCAGUCGUGGCUGGGGCUCGCAGUUCCCACGGAGAUGCGCAGGUGGUGCGGGGACUUGCGCCCAGGGGAACCGUGGAGGUAUGUGGAGGACUACGUGAAAAAGUACACCCGAGAGCCGCAGAACAAAAUUCCAGCGCAGGAGCAGGCGGCCUCGCUGCAAAACACAAAGGGGCCCGUGCGGGCCGUCAACCUCACGCCGGAGCAAAAACGCUUCGUGACGGAGGGAGCGUGCGUGGUUAAGUCGUUUGCCGGCGCGUCCAGCUCUUCCUCGCCGCCCCUGCUGCAGAAGGCGCUCUCCGUGCGCAGUUUGUCGACCACGAAGACCGCGCCAUUUGAUUUGUCCACGAUGGACCUGUCAUCGUGCCCCGUGCUGCUGAAGGCCGGCGGCAGCUUCGGCGGGACCAAGGAAAGCGACAAGGUCGCGGCGGGCGAGCUGCUGCUGCAAGUUUCGAACCCGGAUGUGUGUCUGUUCGCGCGCGGCGGCGGCGGGCUGACGUUCCAGUGGGAGCGCAUUGGGGGGCCGUUCGAGGGCAAAGACAUCUCCCGCGGCUUCUCGGACAACAGCAUUGUCACCAAGUUCGUCGGCGGGCCGCCGAAGCCGGAGGAGUUCGGGAUCAAGGCCUCUGGCUUUCAGUGGAACCCGUACAACCCGGGGUUGCGGCUGUCGGCGUUCGAAGGGCGACACUUCGCGUGCGAUGCCAACACGCUCCAGCACCUGUUUUGCCCGCAUUUAGCGGGGCUGCGCAUCACGUACAAGACCUACCAGGGGACGCGCAUGCGGUACUAUGGCGCCGACCCGACAAGGGAGAGGGAGUACAAAAGCUUUCUCUGCUUCGAGACGCACUCGGACCAGGACUGGGCGCACCAGCACUUGAACCGGCUCCAGCUGCCGAAGAGCACCACCAUCCCGCGCCACAACUACUUCUACGACUUCUUCCACCACCCGAAGAUCGGGGCCCCCACCGGGGACGUGAUGAAGCUGCACCUGGCACGGGUCUUCGAGGAGUGCACGAAGGAGGUGCGGUUUCUGUACCCGAACCGGUCGGUCGCGUACGACGUGGCCGUGAUGAAGGCGGAGGAGCUGGACGGCCUCACGCGGUUGGGCACGCAGGGCCUCGGCGCGGAGUUCGAGAUUCCCAACAACGACCACGACCGGGCGGCGGAGAAUCCGCAGGGGUGGAGCAAGGCGUUUCAGCUGCGGCCGGAGCAGCGGCGCAGCCUUCGGUGGAUGCAGGACCGGGAGCGCGCCAACGGCAAGCACACCGUGGACCUGGUGCGGGUCUUCCGGUUCACCGACGUGGUGGACUGGUGCCUGAAGGUUACCAUGAAGGUGACCACCCCCGUGCGGGGCGGCAUUUUGGCCGACAAGGUCGGCUACGGAAAGACCGCCACCUGCAUCGGCCUGAUCGUCAGCACGCUCGGGGACGACGCGCGACGCAAUCUCGAGGUGGACGACAAAGACAUGCAGGAAGUGAAAAUGAACGCCGCUGCAGGGGGUGAUAAUAUCAACGCGAAGAACAAGAAGAAAACCGCUAUGUUGAACAACAAGGCUGCAAAAGCAAAUUCAAAUAAAGGAACAAAUAACGCCGCCUCGCAGUCGUCGAACGCCAACGAGAACUCCAGCGUUGGGGAAAAGGCCCGGAACCGGAACAGCCGAAAGAAUGCGCGGAAGCGCAAGAUCGAGUACGUGAUCUCCGAGGACGGCCGGAAGUUGGUGAAAACCGAAGCCACCGUGAUUCUGGUACCGGUGCAGCUGCUGGGGCAGUGGAAGGACGAGAUCGAGAAGUUCGUGGGUCGGGAUCUCCUCAGACGGGUUUUAGUAGUGCGGGACGUGCGGGGCAUGAAGAAGGAACUGGACCAGUACGUGUACGACUACGACAUUGUGAUCGUCACCUACCGGCUGCUGUAUUCCGAAACCUACGUGAAGAACCAGCGCAAGCGCAACGGGGACGACGUGGAGAUCUUGGACAACCAGCAGUGCCGUCUGCUCGAGGACUUCUUCUGGAAGCGCGUGGUGUACGACGAAUUUCACGAGGUGGAAAGCAUGGACAUGGACAAGAUCGACCUUUUGGUGCAGUUCAACGCGCGGUACAUCUGGGGUCUAACCGGAACCCCGCGGAUCGAAUCCGUGCGGAGUGUCGUGGGCAUGGCCUCGCUGUUCCGCAUCGACCUGGUGGGGCUACAGGAGGAGUCGCAGGACCUGGCCGACCGCGUGCAGGGGGUGUUGACGGACGGCACCUGGGCGAAGAAGGACCUGGCCAACCGGGAGGAGGACUCUCAGCUCGCGAAGGCCCGGUUUCCAAAGGAGUGCGUGAGCCGCGACAUGAGUCGGCUGGUGGACGAAGCACAGUGGAGCCGUUUGGUCUGCCCGGUGUGCUACACGAUGGGGUGCGCGUCCGUGAAGGAGACGGCCGCGGGGAAGGAGUUUGCCUGUCGGUUCUGCCACAGCGAGGGCCGGAUCGGCCACGACCCGAAUCAGCCGGUACACUCCUUUGUGUUCCGGGACGCGAGCUACAUCUUGAACCGCCGACACGAGCUGUUGACCGAGUCGCACGGCUGGGACUUCAGCACCGUGCACUGGGAGCAGGCGAGGAAGUUUGUCGAGGCCUUUAUCCGGCAGAACAGUGCGGAGUCGCUGCUGGAGGGGAUUGAAACGGUGGAACACGUGAUUGCGGUCCGGCAGUACCCCGAGGAGAAGGCACUGUACUUGAACGAAGUCAACAACGUGAACUACCUACAGAUAGGACUAGUGGACGGCGAAGACGAGGAGGAAAAUCAAGAGAAUCCCGACGUAGAGGAGGAGGGGGAUCGCGACAAGGCAGAGCAGGGGGAGGAACUACACCAGGAUGACGCGGGAGCUGUUGGGCCGGCCAGCAAGAAGCGAAAGCUGGACAAAAACCUGGACUUUGCCAGUCUCGUGGUCGCGAAAACGGACACGCGCAGUCGGGAGGCGCUCAUCAAGCUGUGCUGCACCUACUCCACCGUGGCGCGGCGGGACGUCAACAACGCAACGCAGGAAAUCAACCGCGUAUACGAGGUGCACAAGCGCCGGCUGGAUGCCGCGGUCCGAAAGGUAUGCGUAAAUUUUAUUUGUAGAACCGAAAAUCAUUGAUCCUGCUGCUCGCCGAGAUUUUUCUGUUUCGCUGGUUCGUGUAUGGGAAUGAAAUGAACCCGCUAUUGUGCUGAUAGAUGCAAUGAAACGGCACUACUUACUUCCAAUGAAACGGCACUACUUACUUCUUAGUUGGACCACGUUUAUGAAAUUGCGAUAAGCUACUUCUGUUCUACAUCCCUCAGGUCGCCCUCGCUGUGCGGCAGGUGGAAUGCGCGAAGCGACUGUACCGGGCCUACCCGCGUCGCGACUACGACACGAACGGGAUUCUGCCCAAGCUGCGGGCGUAUGUGAAAGAGUACGACGACUUGGUUACCGCCCGGCUGCCGAAAGACAGCGACGGAAGACCGCAGCCGAACAAGAAGCGGGACAUGCUGAACGCGGACCAGUACUUCCUUUGGCGGCUGCAACACCUCGAGCGGCUGCUGACGUCCAAUGGGAAGUUCCGCGACCUUCUCGGAGAGGAUCCCGAGCGGGAGCUGGACCCGAUCUGGGACCAGGGCCUGCCGGGCUUGCUGGGCGCGGCGUUCGGGUCGAAGAACCUGGAGCAGAACACGCACCCACCCGACGAGCAGCAGUUCCGGUUGCAGCUGGACCCCUUCUUCCCCGAGCAAGCCGCCUUCGGUCCGAAAGAGAUGACCCCGAACAAGACCACGCCCGGACGGCCAAACGUCGGCGAGGGUACCGACCACCUGGCCCAGCUGGUGCGGCGCGUCUACGACUACGGCAUGAAAAACUUCCAGACCAAGCUGGACGCGCUGAAGCCCGCGUUCCAGCCCUUCAGCUUCUUCUGCCGCAGCUUGCAGACCUUCUGUCGCGGGCACCAGAACAAGAGCGAGAACAAUCAGGAAGAAGAGGAGCAACUGGAAUUUGAGUGUCCGAUCUGCUACAACGACGCCCUACCGCUGAACGCCCCGUGCGACUACGCGAAGGGCGAAUUUACGGUCGGGGACAUUCGCCUGACCCCCUGCGGCCACGCGUUCUGUAAGUCCUGCCUGGCGAGCUCCAUCAGCGGCACUGGCAAGUGCCCCACGUGCAACCACCCAGGUUUGAAAGCCACGGACAUUUGCGACAUUGCUGAUGAGGCGGAGGGGAUCCGGAAAAUGGAGGAGGACAUAGAGAAACUGGAGGGCGAGCACAAAAAUGGCGCGACUGGCAGCGGUGCGAAGAAGGAUGUGAAGCCUGCUGCUGCUUCCAAGAAACCAGUGUACUUCUUCUUUACUCGUUUUACUUUGAUGAUCAUGGACGUUUCAUCAACUUCCACCAAGGCCACAAAUAAACCGUAUGUUUGUAUUGAUGUCUGGCACUGGCGCAGCACAAGGUGUUGAUCAUGAACUUCGAUUCAUCCGAACUGUGCAGCAUGUGCUUCAGACCGUAUGAGACCCAUUUGGUUCUUUGCCACGUCCCGGGCUUCACACAGAAGUUUGUAAAAGUACUUUCUACACGUACACCUUUUUUACCCUUUCAUUCUACCCCCGUUAUAGGUCGUUACCCGCGGGCGUCGUCCGAAAGGAGCACCUAACGACGAGCUGGGGAAAGUUAGAGCUCUACAACAAGGAGUUUGGGCACGUGGAAAGGUGGGAGCAGAAGUGCAAAAAAGACACCGACCGGCGGAGGUACCGGAAGUUCGGCAGCAAGCUGGAGUCCGUCAUGCUGGUACUGUUGAAAAUCCUGGAAGACGACCCCAGCGCCAAGGUGAUCGUGUUCGCGCAGUGGAAGCUGAUCCAGGACAAACUGGCGGACGCGUUCGAGAGCUCCGGGUUCCCCUACACCUCGCUCUCAGGCUCGGGGCACAAAAAAAGCCGAAUUCUGAAGGAAUUCAACCAGGUCUACGCGGAGGGGACGCGGAUCCCACACGGCACGCCCAGGAUUCUCUUGAUGAGCUUCGAGAGCAACGCGAGCGGCGCGAACCUCACGUCGGCGAAUCACAUCCUGUUCGUGCACCCCAUGGUACGUAUUUGACAGAUGACUGCUGUGUUUCUUUCGAUUCAUUGUCUUCAUGUUGGCUUUCCGGGGUAGUGUUGUGCAUCUGUGUGCUUGAUUGUUCUUACUUGCAGCUUCGUAAAAAGCUGGAGAAAUCUGCGAACUUACUGCAUAAAAGUAGUUGAAAGUUUUCUCACUGUCAUCUCGCUGUUGCUCUACAGGUAGCCAACACGUUCUCCAAAGCGUUGGUGUACGAGACCCAGGCCAUCGGGCGUGCGCGGCGGUACGGCCAGAAGAAGAAAGUGCACGUGUGGCGGUUUGUGACAAGGGACACCGUGGAGGCGGAAGUCGUGGUGCAACACAAACUAGCGCUUGCGAAACGCGAACAGGAGAAGCGCAAAGUGGGCGAGCGCGCGGGCGUGCUGAGUGCCUCCAGCAGCAGCGAGGACGUGGUCACGUCGCACCCCAAAAGCAGCGACGUCUUCUCAAGCGGCAAAGCGGCGGACCACUCGUCCUGGAACAGCAUGGUAGUUUCGCGAGUGAACAACAAUCCAGCACCCGCUGGCUCGUCGUCGUCCGCGGGCAGUUCCUCUUCUAGCAGCAGCUAUCACAACGGCACAACCAGUAGGGCGCUGCUUAAUCUCUCCUUCGGAGCAGGUAACAAGAACAAUGAUAACCUCCUCCUAGGCGGAGGAGGUGCGACAUCUUCGGGCAGUAGCAGCGCGGUCUUUGGAAGAGAUUACGGUAGCAGUAGCAGCAGCAGCUACCUGUUUUCGAACAAGAACGCUGCAGGUGCGGGAUCAUUUGGUAUGAGUACUUCUAGCAACAACGUGGACAGCAGUGUCAACAGGCAGGACACCACCAGCAGCAGCAGCCUGCUGGGCAACUACGAUUUAAACCGCAGUUCCGGCGUCGAGUUGGAUCCCUUCAGAAGUAGAAAUCUCGGUGGAGGUGGAACAAAUGAUCUUCGCGCCGACAGUGGCGACCCCUUCACAUCAUCAGGAGGUACUAUUGCAAGCAACAAGCGACCGGCAGCGCUGCCGGGUCUACUUGCGAAUAGUCUCAAUGUCAAUCCCCCUAUUCCUAUCAUUCCAAAUACGACGUCGACGACCGGUGGAAAUACAAACUAUACUACUUCGAGCCUGUUUUCCCGGUUGGGAAGGUCGAAUCACCAGCCCACAGUGAACCAACCGAACAACUACGGUACGCGAAAUAACAGCAAUAACAACUCCUCGCGCAAUGGGACGUCGGACGACCCUGGCUGCGCACAGCAAUGACGAGGAACAUUUAAUGUUGCGGCCUGUAGGUCGUGAGUAGCCUUUCAAAUAAUGACAUUUUAUCAUCAUACACACAGUACGCAGAAGAUCAUUUCUCAAGCAAUAGUAAGUAGCCUGACUCAUGGACAGAAUUAAAGUCGUGAGGGAUAUUUUCUUGAAAUGAACCACGCUUGUUCCUAGCUAUCUAACACUGUUGUCGCAAGAACGAUGUGACCCGAUGCACCGAAAAAUACAAAUAGCGACACUGUAAAAGACCGACGAGUUUGGAGCUGGAAAAUGAAAUAGUACCAGUACCUCGUCACGACUGACUAGCAGCACCAAACGGUUGUACAGCCUGACUUUCUUCGCAUUCUAUGUCGAAGACAAAUUUUCCACACUGUACAAAAAUAGAGUUGUCAUACGCGCGGUGGUUUUUGCGCAUACAGUUGUACUAGAAACUCUACUACACCUGCGAUUUUCCUCCACCGCAACUGCAGGUAUAUACCAGCAGGAGCACAUCCAUUCCGACCAUGUUUUCUCGCUCCGCCGCGACCACAUGAGAAGAGUAACAACUAUAAAUAGCAGCAGCGGCAGCAACAGCGCGCAACUGUUGCUGUCGCCUUUAUUACACCCUAGAGCGAGCUGCCCUUUAUUCUUAUUUCUUCAUGUAAUGCUGCUAGUCUUACUCGUAGUCUUAGUCAAGCUCAAACACAAACGACAGUAAGAAGAUCAGCCACGACGACAUCCUUCUUGUCAUGUUUUGCAAAUUAUCCACAUCGCGAUUCCGACAAUCUAGAAGUAGUAUAUCAAUGCGACAAAGCACAGAAGCGCAAGCGACCCUGAAAUUGAACAUCUGUCUGUGAAACUUUCAGCACGCUGUCAAAGAAUUUUCUGUUGCAGCAUAUCGCUGCCUCGGAACAAGCGACUUUCAUUUAUAUCGGAAAGACUAGUGCGAGCAACUUGACUCAUCUCAGGAGACCCGAUGUUGUUGGAACUCCGAUGCUGUUGGAACUAGUCUUUGUGACGACGCGGUAGUGAUACAAUGCGAACUGCGCAAAGGUGAU